AUGAACGGGCCGCGCCCCUCUACCCGCGUGUUCCUCUCUGAUCUCUCUUCUCUACAGGCGGACUCGAAGGUCCGCUUUCUUGGCUGUGUGAGGCAUUAUACUAUAACCACUGGCUAUCUGGUUCUCGAACACAACUAUCCACGCAGCAAAGCGGAGAUCAGCUUUGUGCCUGUCGAUAUCAAUGCUGUACUUGAGACCCUGACUGCCGAAGAACUACAUGUGGGGACGUGGUUAAAUGUGCUGGGCUACAUUCGAGAGUCACUACCUCCGUCUUAUUCUUUCUCUUCUGCACCUGGGUCAUCGCAGUCCAGUGAUACACCCACCGGACCUGUUACAGUUCCCUCUCGCCCGGUGCAUGUCGAGGCCAUUAUGGUAUUCCCAGCUGGUGCAAUUGCACUCGGAGAAUAUGAACGGAUCCUCCGCAAUUCGCAGGAUGUCGAGCGUAUGAUACGAGUUACGAAUUGA